ACUGCAUUAAAAUGACAUUUUGUUAUAAAUUUAACACCAAAAAGAGAGAGCCAUAAACCCAAAUUCUUUAAAGUACAUGACGUCAUUUUGUGUGUUUACCAAAUCGUGAUGACGUCAUAUUUAGUACCGACAACGUCAUCGGUUUGUAAGCGUCAAAUUGUCCAAUAGUAUUGUUCGUUAGACCAAUGCAGAAUAUUUCUCACUGAGAAAAUAUGGAAAAUAUUUUCCCUGCUAUGAGUGACCGCUGGGGUAAUACUUUAAAUUUUCGCUCGCUGUGAACAAAGGAAGGAAAUUAUAUAACGAUGCUCUCGCUGUGAACACGUGGAAGGUUUGUCGCAAUGGAUACACGGCAUAUAAUGGCACGCACUAGACGUCGAGAAGUGUUAAACAUAGAACGUUUAAGAAAACGCUACGUGUCCAUCUUGAAAGAAAUCGAGCCAAAAGAAAUAACGCCAUACAUGUUUGAAAUGGGUGGAAUAACAUUUAAAGAGAUGAAAGAAAUAAACGAAAAGGAAGAACGUAAUGAGAGAGCUCGGGUUCUUCUUAAUAUGAUUUUCGAGCGAGGUGUCGAGCAUGUGCCAUUUGACCGUGUGUUCGUGUAUGGCGCCUUUCUGUCGUCCCUCAAGUCAUGUGGGUAUAACACACUGGUAGAUACAAUACAGCAUACGUACAUAGACGAAGAUUUUGAUCUUGGUUUAGGUGAACAUAAGAUUAUCACCGGAAGGGUUUUACAGAACAAAGAACUAGAAAGUAAACGUGAAGUGAUGUAUAGAUUUCUUGAAUUUGGACACAGACGCUGUGGUGUAAUUGAAGUUACAGCUUUCGAUUUGGAAGCUAUGGAAUUAGCAGAAUCUUUGAUAGUGGGGAAGACCUACACAAUAACAGAUGUCUUUGUAAAGGAAAUCCCGGAAGACUAUAAGUCCAUAGACAGCAUUGGUGUGGAUUUUGAAGUAGUAUUAACAAAAUCUUCGUAUAUAAUAUCAAAUGAAAACCUAUCUGAAGAUAAUUAUGACCAUGUAAUAGACUAUGCCACUAUUCCGGAAAUUAAACAAAUGACAGAUCGCUCGAUUGUGAAUAUCAUAGCUAGGGUCAAAGCUCUAGAAUCACCAUUUUGUACGCCAGAACAAGACCUCAUUUGUCAGGAAAUCUACCUGUCUGACAGCAAUAGCGAACAACUGAAAAUGACCGUCUUUAAAAAUAAUAUUAAUAAAUUUAAAGUCGGUCAGAAAAUAAAAAUCUACAAAGCGAAAAUGGAAAAAUUCCAUGGUGAGGUGUCUUUGAACACGUCAUCAAAAACGGACAUUAGCGUUUUAAAUUCACCUGUGUCAGAAGACGUUCGCAUCCCUGUUCUUGAGACCGAUAGCGAUGACGUCGUGCGAUAUCAAGCUGUCAUUUGCAGCGUUCAAAACGACUGCCGCAGACGUCCUUUCUGCAAAACACACGGAUAUUGUGAUUGUUUGGACGAACUUCCAAAUGGCAAAUAUAUUUGUACAGAAUGUAAGGAACUAUGUCCAAAUGGCUUCUCAAUUGUUUUGAAACUCCGAGAGUCAUCAUCAGGUGAGACAUUUGAAGCUGUGGGCUUCAAUAAACUGGGCAAGAAACUGUUUAAUACGAACUAUGAGGCUUUUACCAUGUGCGAACCAUGGAAACAACAGCUGUUAUUAGAAUCCGUGGUUGGAGAUGAAUAUAUCUUCUCUUACAAAAAUAAAAUAAAAAAGGGAGGUUAUUGACAUUGCUCAAAUAGAGCGUCCUUCAGAAGAUCAACCAAGGGUGUAUGAUUCGAGCAAAGUAAAGAAAGAGCUCGUUUCAAAAACAGCGAAAAUUAAAGCGGCAGUAUCCGGAA